GCGAGAAGCUGAGAAGGUCGUCCCCUGAAUAUUUCUUGUGCCUCUGGAUCUGCUGGACGGGUGCCAUCAACUUGCAUGUGCGUCCUCCCAGAGCUGGAGACCACUUGCCCCUGUGCACGUGUUGGCAUCUGCAGUUGACGGGCUCUGCGGUUUUUUUUCAUGUAAGGCGAAGUCGAAGGAUGGGAGCCCAUCGCCUCUCUCUCUCGCUCUUCCUCCUCCUCCUCUCUUCUCCCGUGCAUGCCCAGUGGUGGGGUUUAUUCUGGGCCAACCCUGAAACCAGCACCAGCUCUGCUGCACCACCCUCCAUUCCUCCUUCCAUCCCUUCUUCAUCCAUCACCUCCCUGGGCCCUGCCGACACCCCAGGGGCGACCGAGUGGGUGGUGACGGUGAGGGAUGAGGGGGUGACCAAUAUGGCUCUGGAGGGGUCGCCGAUGACCCCGACACCCAGCCCAGUGGCGUCAAUCCUCGGCCGCAGCACUGCAGACCCUGGACCCCUGCAUCCGGAGGGGGGCGCCAGGGCCCAAUACAAAGCACUGAAACACUGGAAGAGUGAGCGUGGCUCAGGAGGUCACCUGGACCUGACAGAGUUGAUUGGCGUCCCCCUCCCUCCCUCCGUCUCCUUCGCCUCCGGAUACGAGGGCCUGCCGGCCUACAACUUCGGGCCCGAUGCCAACAUCGGCCGCCUCACGAAGACCUUCGUGCCGGGGUCUUUCUACCGGGACUUUGCCAUCAUCGUCACGGUGCGUCCGGCCACUCAGAGGGGAGGCGUGCUCUUCGCCAUCACAGACGCCAGUCAGAAGGUGGUGGAGCUGGGUCUUGCCCUCACUCCGGUGCGGGGGGGCCUCCAGAGCAUCUUACUGUACUACACCGACGGGGAGAAGGCCGCCCACAGCCAUAAGGCCGCGGCCUUCAGCGUGCCGGAUAUGACCGACCAGUGGACACGAUUCACGGUGGUGGUGGAGCGUGACGAGGUGCGUCUCUACAUAGACUGCGGCGAGGCCGAGAGGACCACUUUCCACCGGAGGCCCGAGAGACUGAACUUCACGCACAACUCGGGCGUCUUCGUGGCAAACGCGGGCAGCACGGGGCUCGAAAAGUUUGUGGGAUCCAUUCAGCAGCUGGUGAUAAGAGAUGAUGCCAGAGCAGCUGAGGAGCAGUGUGAAGACGAUGAUCCUUAUGCCUCGGGAUACAGCAGUGGAGACGAUGCUCUGGACGACAGGGAGGAGGAGAUGAUGAAGAAAACCCAUGAGGGGAAACAUGGCACAGCACAGGCGGAGGACAGUGUUCCAGUAAGAGCUCCGCCCACUCAGGCUCCGGAGGUGGAGCUUGACGAGUACUCCGGUCACCAGACCCCAACGGAGGCCAACGAAGAAAUGCUGAUCACAGGGACGGAGGAGCCGGGGGAGAAGUCAGGAGACGGUCAUAUCAGACGAGGGUCCAAGGGAGAGCGUGGAGAGCCCGGUCCAAGAGGCCCAACCGGCCCCCCCGGUCACCCAGGAUCCGGCCCUCUACCUGGGCAUGCUGAGCCCGGUGCAAGGGGGACCGAGGGACCACCGGGAUCUCCUGGAUCCCCAGGGCCAACAGGGAGAGACGGACAGCAGGGAAGCAAGGGUCAUGAAGGAGAUCCAGGACAGAGGGGAUCUCAGGGAUUUACAGGUUUGGCUGGAGAAGCAGGAGCUGAAGGAGAGAAGGGAGACCCCGGAGUUGGUCUACCAGGUCCUCCUGGCCUCCCUGGGACUCCUGGACCCCCCCGAUCCCGCAGUGUGCCCUACGGAGAGGAUGCCCUGGGCUCUGGCUUUGAAGACCUGGACCUGGAAGCUGAUCUCAUCAGGGGUCACCCUGGCCUACCGGGGCCUCCGGGACCUCCCGGUCCGUCGGGACCCCUGUCAUCAUCGGACACGGGGGAAGGCCUCUCUCUGGGGCACAUCGGACCACCCGGGGCCCCCGGCAGAGACGGGCUCCCAGGCAAACCUGGAAUACCAGGUCCAGCAGGAAAAGAUGGGGAUCCAGGUGUACCUGGAGCUGUGGGAGAGACGGGUAACCAAGGGUUAUCUGGGCCAUCCGGACCAAAGGGUGAAUGUGGAUUUGAAGGUUCAGCUGGGUCUCCAGGGCCACCAGGGCCAAGUGGUCCACAGGGGAACAGAGGCCCAUCGGGUCCGCCGGGACCUCCCGGCCCUCCAGGAACCAAAUUCUUUGUCGAGGAUAUGGAGGGAUCCGGGAAGAGUGACAUGCUCAUUGGAGCUGGAGUCAGAGGCCCACAGGGUGCCCCCGGCUUACCUGGCCAUGAGGGUACCAAGGGUGAGGACGGAGCCACAGGUGCUCCAGGAAUCUCUGUCAAGGGUGAGCCAGGGGACUCGGGACCAAAGGGUCUUCAAGGUCCUGCUGGACUACCAGGCGCUAGGGGGGCCAAAGGAGAACAUGGUCAUCAAGGACCCAAGGGUGAUCGUGGCAUUGAUGGACUCAGUGUCCUUGGACCACCUGGGCCUCCUGGAGCUCCCGGACCUUUCGUCAAUCUGUCGGACCUGCUGCUCAAUGCAACGGACAGCAUCUUCAACUUCACAGAGAUCAGAGGACCGCCGGGCCCCGGGGGCCCUGAAGGCUUGCCUGGCAGAGCUGGAUUUCCUGGCCCCAGGGGACCAAAGGGAGACAUCGGCCCUGCAGGGGUCCAGGGACCAGCCGGAUUCAAGGGAGAGAAGGGCGAGCCAGGCGUGACUAUCGCUGCUGACGGAUCCCUCUUAUCGGCGCCAAAAGGCCCACAGGGGCCCAAAGGCAUCAAGGGUGACCGUGGGUUCCCUGGUCCUGCCGGACUUAUGGGCCCAAUAGGACCAUCUGGACAAAAAGGAGAAUAUGGCUUCCCUGGUCGUCCUGGACGAUCUGGUAUGGCUGGGAGGAAAGGUGACAGAGGAGAUUCUGGCGGCCUCCAGGGACCCUCUGGUCCUCCAGGACCACCAGGAAACCCAGGAAGAGUUAUUGGGCUCAAAGGAGCUGCGGUGACAGGAAGGGAUGCAGUCGGGGCUAAAGGAGAUAAAGGAGAUGUGGGAAUAGCUGGAGAGCCAGGCACACCUGCACCCGAGUUUCCAGAUGGAAUUGUGGGUGCUGGAGGCGACCAGGGAUACCAAGGUCAAAAGGGAGAGAAGGGUGACGGCAGUGUGCCGGGUGCUCCAGGACUGCCCGGGAGGUCAGGUCUUGUGGGCCCAAAAGGAGAGUCCAUCGUUGGCCCUUCAGGACCGGUCGGUCCCGAGGGUCAACCCGGUGCCCCUGGGUUCGGACGACCCGGUCCCCGAGGGCCACCCGGCCCUGCUGGACCCCCAGGAACCGCAUCUGCAUUUGGAUCGGGCGCCGGUGUCCCGGGCCCUCCUGGUCCGCCUGGCCCAACGGGGUCUCCAGGAAAUGACAACCCUGUGGUGAGCUACAAGACGAGCCACGCCCUGGGCAGAGACAGCCAGCGGGCGGCCGAAGGAACCCUGGCCUACGUGUCCGAGAGGGGGGGUGAGCUGUACAUCAGAACAGGCGGCGGCUGGCGGAAGAUCCAGCUCGGAGAGUUGAUCCAAUCCAGGUCGUCCAGCUCGCUCUCGUCUCACACCCUCAGCAGACCUGGAGACCUGAGCAGAGCGCAGAGGAGCCAGAGCCACAGCCGGGAGCUUCAAGAGGGCGGCAGAGGAUAUCACCCCACCCAUAACGUGCUACCGCAGACUGUCACCGCUGUGCCUGGGCUCCACCUGGUGGCCCUGAACGCCCCUCUGAAAGGGGACAUGCGCGGCAUUCGGGGGGCCGACUUCCAGUGCUACCAGCAGGCCCGUGCCAUGGGGCUCACCAGCACCUACAGGGCCUUCCUGUCCUCACACCUGCAGGACCUGGCCACCAUCGUGAGGAAGGCGGACCGCACUGACAUGCCCGUGGUCAACCUCAAGGGGCAGGUGUUGUUCAGCAGCUGGAUGUCCAUCUUCUCUGGGAACGGAGGCACCUUCAACCCCUCCACCCCCGUCUACUCCUUCGACGGGCGUAACGUGAUGUCGGACUCGGCCUGGCCAGAGAAGCUGGUGUGGCACGGCUCCAGCGCGGUGGGCAUCCGUCAGACCACCAACUACUGCGAGGCGUGGAGGACAGCCGACGUGGCGGUGACGGGCCAGGCGGCGCUGCUGCAGACGGGACGCCUGCUGGGGCAGCACACACGCUCCUGCUCCAGCCACUACAUCGUGCUGUGUGUGGAGAACACGUACGUGGGGAACGCCCAUCAGAGGAGGACCUGAGGGAACACACACACAUACGCAGACACACACACACACACACACACACACAUCACGGUGAGCCCCACACUGCAGGAUGCUGCCACGCCUCCAGGUCCCGGUCUAAAGCUUCAUCACACAUAUUCACUAUGAACAUGUAGCAGCACAGCGUAUCAUCACCACACGGGACGUUUGGAACGCACACACACACACACACACACACACACACACACGUACACACACAUGUAUGUGUUGUUGAAGUGAAAGAUGUGAGUCAAGCUAAAGACUUGAUGCGAGUGGCAUCUCCUCAACUGCAAAUCUGUGAUGUACAGGAAGCCCUGAGAGGAAAGUAAGGCAAGAAAGAAAUGAUGAUGAUUCUCAGUGUGAUUCAGAAAAGGGGGGAACACUUUUAUUUAACUUAUCAAGUUAAACUCUUUGAAAAGUUAUUUCUUUAACUUUGGGUCGGGUUGCACUUCUGCCUCCCGUAGACAAAAUUAGUAUUACAACAACAACUUCAUCCUGAAUUCAGCCUGACCCCCCCCAACCCCCCCUCCACUCCUUUCACACAUGAGAAAACAAAUUUAAGGAACUGAGAAGAUGAUCCUGUUUGUUGUUUUCACUCGUUCUCAAGUCAUAAUCACUCAUCAUUUAGGUCAGAUUUAGAAAAUGGAUUAACAGAAUACAUUUUCUUCUCACUUGCCUCUCAGGGAUUCUGUAGUUUUUUCAAAUGCAUGCCAUAGUUGUAGAUGAUCAUUUAUUUUGUGGGAUAUUUUUGUCCUAUAGUUCUGUGCAGCCAUUGGGUUUGUACCAUUUCCAUACAACAUCACGUCUGCAUCAUAUGUGUGUGUUCUCCUUAGUGUUGUUAUGUUACGGUUUAUUUUAAAGUGUGCACAUAGCUUUGAACUGUUAGCUGUGAUGUACAUAGUCAUGAUGGGUAGUCAACAGGACUACAGAACACUGACUUGUGGGUAAAGAUGCUUCAUUUGGAAAUUUGACCCGAUUUCAGAACAUUACAGUAUUUAAGUGGUGUGUAUGGAAGCCAGCUGUUAUAUAUUUACUCUACAGAGUUUUUAGGAUAUGCAAUAAAUCAGGCAUUCUCUGUAAAAUUCUAUAUUUCUAACAUUGUCAUCAACGCCCAUGGAAAGAUCAAAACCAACACUGUCCUCGCCUGUCUGCGGCAAUACGUUGCUGCUAUAUAAAUAUAUAUUUCAGUAAUUUCCCAACGCAUCUUUAGUUCAUAGCAAACAGGAAGUAGCAGUGCAUUGCCUCCAAGGACUAUUUGAUUGGCAAAUUCAUACACACUACUGACAGGUAAAAAUAAAUAAAUAGUGUGCUCGUUGAUUUGUUCUUAUUAGUUUAAAACAUAAACCCAUAACACUGAUUCAGUUGAAUCAGUUAUUUGUUGGUUUUGGUUUUUAACAGUAUUUUUUAACAAUGUAAACAGUCUAUAUAGACUAUCACCAGACAGAAAAUCAUACUGUAUGAGAGAGCUCUUUUUAUAUGUAAAUACACUCGAUAUGGAAAUGAGUCUCAGCAAAUUCAACCAAUCACAGCAUCGCUCGCAUAUCGCUCCAUUGUGCCCUUUUUUCAGGCGACUAAAAAUCUCCCCCAAAAAAGAACUGGCUGGAUUUUACCAAAACAUUUUUUACCACUAAGAUCUUCUCUCUAACCGUUGAAGCUGCAGUUAUUAUAAGAAUAUGAAAGCAAUUAGCCAGCAAGACGGGAAAGAAGAAGACAUUUUUUUUUUCAAAGAACUAAGCCAUGUUCCCCAAGAAUCUUGAAUGAUUUAUUCAUAAACGCAGUACGGUGCAUUUCCUCAUCACUAUUUGGCAUCCCAUAAUCCAACAUUAGAGAUUGAAUGUCUUAAAGAAAAUAUAUAAAUAAUGUUCUGCUGAACUUUAGCCCUGCUGCUUGCGAUACAUGAUUAAAUUAGUGUCAACAUUAACACAAGUGCAUUAGUAUUAGAGUUGAAAUCAAUGUGUGAUUUUUAAUUAAUUUAUACAGUAGCAUAGCAUGACAAUCUAGCAAGUUCACUUUCAAAUUGGAACAUGUAUAUGUAUGUAUGUAUAUAUAUAUAUAUGUAUGUAUAUAUAUAUAUAUAUAUGUGUGUUUGUUGUUGUUGAGAUGUUGUUGUUUUUACACUGUAGAGGUUUUGUACACACACUAAAUGAUUCUUUUCUCACCAAACAUUGAUAGAGUUGCAGUUUCACGAUGAUAAAGAGGCCGCGUAGUUUUCAUGAUUAUUAUUGUUGUUCAAACAAGGACGUUUGUACUGACGAUGCUUCAUGAAUAAAUGUCUUAUUUUGUG